AUGGUUGAGCCUAAACCGGAAGUUAGCGUCGAGGGCAACGACAAUGCAGAAGCCACCAAGUUCGGCACCGAAGAGAAAAACGAGAGCUCGGAUAGUGACAUCGUCGAUCCGAAGUUGCUUGAUGCACUCGAGCAACCAGAGCAGAUCCGCCGAAUUGUUCGAGAGGCAAUUCUUCUGGCUGGCGGUGCAACUGCUAUCUUGCUCCAAGUAGCUGAACCCGGUGUUGCCAAAGGUGUGGACGAAUACAGCAACUUCGCCUACCGACCUAUGGAUCGACUCCGUACCACAAUGACCUACGUAUACUGCAUGGCAUUUGGCACUCGAGACGAAAAAAAGGCUGUCAUCGAGAUGGUACAUCGUGCUCACGCCCCGGUCAAAGGACCGGACUACUCCGCCGACGACCCAGAGCUCCAACUAUGGGUUGCCGCCACUCUCUAUGCGGUUGGAAUUGAUCUCUAUCAGCGGAUGUUUGGCGACAUAGAUGAUGCAGCUGCUGAGGCUAUCUAUAGGGAGUAUGCUAUCCUAGCCAUUUCUCUGCGUGUUAAACCCGGGAUGUGGCCGCCUAGUCGCAAGGCUUUCUGGGAGUAUUGGGACAAUAAGAUUGCGACAAUGAAAAUCACGGAUCAUGCCCAGAACGUGGCGAAGGGUCUGUUGUUUAACAAGCAUGCUCCCCUUCAUAUACGUGCAGCCCUUCCUCUGGUGCGUUUAACAACUACUGAAAUGUUACCGCCGCGCAUUCGUGAGGCCUAUGGACUCAGAUCCACUAAGACGCGGCGCGGCGCAUACCGGGUUGCCAUGGGAUUCACUAAAGCAACAUAUCCGUGUCUUCCCAAGGUAAUCCGAACGUACCCCAUGCGCUACUACCUGAAGGACAUGCGCAAGCGACUACGGGAUAUGGCAUAG